AGUGCUACAGACGAAUGGUGGACCUCUACAACUCCUCAUUAACCACCGACCUGUACAAUUUCGACGCGCAGACGACAACCCACAUCAUGUUCCUCAAGCACGUCGAGAUAUACUACUGGAAGGUCUACCAUCUUGAACACAUGCUGCAUGAAAUCGAGAAGAAGUAUAAGCUUAAAAAGGCCGGAAUGUUCGAGAACUAUCAGGACUUCACGAUACGCCCGCAGCCGAGCACCAAGCAGCACCGCUUCCGGUCCCAGGCCGUGGUGUCCAUGACCACCACCACCAAGAGACCCAAGCAGACCUGGUGGCCACUGGACUAUGGGUGGGACCAGAUGAACGAGUGGCGAUGAUGCAUUU